AAGUUCAACGGGCUGGUAGUUUUUCUUCCGUUGCAUCCCAUACCGCUUUUGAGCACCUUCUUCCUUUAACUUUUGACAAUGGCAUACGGUGCACCUCGCGGUGGUGGUGGUCGCGGCGGAGCUCGGGGCGGCGGCCGUGGUGGAGGUCGUGGUGGACCCCGAGGAGGUGGUGUUUCCAAGUUUGGCGGUGGUGGCCGUGGUGGUCGCGGAGGCUUUGGUGGUGGUGGUCGCGGUGCACCUCGUGGCCGUGGUGGACCUCGUGGAGGAGGUCGUGGUGGCCGUGGUGGAGCAAGGGGAGGAGCGAAAGGAGGGGCAAAAGUUGUUAUCGAACCCCAUCGUCAUGAGGGUAUCUUUAUUGCUCGUGGAAAGGAGGACAUGUUGGUGACAAAGAACUUGGUACCUGGUGAGAGCGUAUACGGAGAGAAGAGAGUUAGUGUGGACAGCACUGACGGAACUAAAAUCGAGUACCGUGUGUGGAAUCCUUUCCGAUCCAAGCUUGCGGCCGGUGUGCUCGGCGGUGUUGACCAUAUUCAUAUUGCCCCGGGAAAGAAGGUUCUCUACCUUGGUGCCGCCAGUGGAACUUCAGUAUCUCACGUCGCUGAUAUUGUUGGACCGACUGGUCUCGUGUACGCCGUCGAAUUCUCGCACCGAUCAGGUCGUGAUCUGAUCAACAUGGCCAAGAAACGCACCAACGUCAUCCCCAUUAUUGAGGACGCCCGUCAUCCCCACAAAUACCGUAUGUUGGUCGGUAUGGUUGAUGUUAUUUUCGCCGAUGUUGCGCAACCGGAUCAAGCUCGUAUUGUCACCAUGAACGCCCACAUGUUCUUGAAGAAUGGAGGUCACGUUGUGAUAUCUGUCAAGGCCAAUUGUAUCGACUCAACGGUCGCAGCUGACAUUGUAUUCGCACGGGAAGUAAAGAAGCUUGAGGAGGAACGAGUAAAAGCACAGGAGCAGUUGACACUAGAGCCGUAUGAGCGUGAUCACGCCUUGGUGAUUGGAGUGUACCGGAAACAAAAGAAGGCCAAGGCCUCAGAAUGAGGUCGUCAAUGUCAGUUUAAGACCUCGCCUAUUCUUUAAGUGUAUGUACAUUCUGGUUAAUGCUCGCGGUAACUCCAGAGGCAAAGGUGGUGUUGGUGGGGGCAGGGGGGAGAGGUUUUGCUUUUUAGUUUAGAAGGCUUUCGCUUGUAUUUUAUCUUUUUUUUGCCAACGACUGCAUUUUCACAAAACCGUAACUUAGAAACACUCUUGCGUUCAAAAUGAUCAUUAUUUAUUGAUUUUUGCA